CGCAGAGCCCUCUACCCGCGUGAGAGCCACAACCACGCUCAAGGAGUCCGGAGCGCACUCCGUGAGUGCGAGAACCGGGAACACAACAGCGCGUGACGCGUCCAAAGCGCGUCCACCCGCCGAAGCAGCUCCGCCUCCGGGACCACCGGAUACAUUGCAGCUCGCAGCUCAAUCAUGCGCCUGGUCAUACAUGACUUCUACUGUGGAAGAAGGGCUGUCGUCUGGAAGAGCUGCUGCACAAGGCGCACUGAAGAAACGGCGGGAGGAGCUCGAUGCAGAAGAGACAGACAUCGCGGAAAGUCGCGUGCGCUAUGAGGCUGAACGACUACUGGACUUCUACGACGAGCUGAACGAUACCAAGGUCGCUGAAGAAGUAGCGGCGAUCAUCAUGCGGUUCAAGGAGGCUGAACACGACCUCGCCGAAGCUAUAGCCCAGACACUACGUCUGACUUCUGCCCCCCUGGAUGACACUACACACGUUACGCAGUAUACCGGUUUGCUUGAUACCCUCGACGCGCUAGAGGCAGAGUGCCAGAAUGUGCGGGCACAAGUGAAUUCGCUUACAGACGCCGCCCAGCCUAGCGAGAGACGACUGCCCCAACUAUUGAGGAACCUCUCCGAUAUUCUGGAGGGGCAUGAAGAGAAUGUGGGGAGCGCGAAGGAGGUGGUGCAGUGCUGCAAGGAGAACUACCGGAUGGGCAUUGGGACCCUAACCCUAAAAUAGAAGCAGCUGUAUCUUCCUGUACUU